UAUUGGGGUGCACAAAAAUUCUAGAGAGAAUAAUUAAUUGUUCCACGAUUGUAUUCUUGGGGUGCACAAAAUUUUUAGAGAGAGAAAAAUCGUUUUCGUGCCAAAACAUUUCAGUGGUUUGUCAUUGAACCAUGGAUGGGUUUUCUCAUUAAACUCGUUGCGAGGUCACGAUUUUCUCUCUCAUGAUUUUUUCUCUCUCUACAUCUGUGAACCAUGUCGGCUCGAAUGCUCAGGAAGGUUCUCCAAGAACAAGAACAACUGCGGAAAUCAACUGAUCACGAACCUCAAUGUCAAGAGGACUCUGAUUCCUCAGAAUCACCAGCUCCUUCGAGAAACCCAUUUGAUAUUCUCGAUGACCAGGCUGAUGAAGAAGAAGGAACUAACGAAAUUAUCACAUCUGACGUGGAAAUUAAACCAAAAAUGACUGAAGUAAUAAAUUCAAAAGCUAUUAGGAAAUCAAAGAAGAAAAAGAAAACAAAUAAAGAAAAUUCCACCUCUACAAAGGGUGAAAAUGAAGUCGAUUUGAUUUUAAAAGGGUUGUCUAUAAGUAGCACACACUCCAUCUCAGAGAAUGAGCCUUCUAAAAGUGAGGAAGGGGUUGGAAAAACAAAAGGAGUGGCUGCAAAAUCGCAUACCAACCUUCGGAAACCACAAUCACAAUCAAUUUUAGCUGUUGACCCCAAGUUUUUAAGGGCUGAGAAUGAGUUGAAAAGGAUUUUUGGUUCCAAAGUUGUGAGUUCGUUUGAGAACAGCCAUAGUGUUGGCAGUUCAAGGCAAAUGCAUGGUGCACGAAGGGGAGGCAUCAGUUCUAGAAAGACCAUACUUAUUUCUCCAUUAGGCGACUGGCCUCGUUGGGAUGGUUCUCUUUCCAUGGACUUUUUGGAGACUAAAGAUGGGCAAAAUUUUUUCAGAUACAUGCAUUCAACUUCAUAUGAUCAUGCACAAAGAAUAUUUGAAGCGGCGAAAUCUAUCCACGAUCUCAAUGGCAUUGCAAGUAUUUUAGCCUACCAUCCUUAUCAUGCUGAGUCUCUCUUAACCAUUGCAGAGGUCUUCAAAUUUUCAGGGGAGCAUCAAUUAUCCGCCGAUGCUAUUGGAAAGUGCUUAUAUGCCCUAGAAUGUGCAUGGCACCCACGCUUCAAUCCCCUUCAAGGCAACUGCCAAUUGAAAUUCACCUAUGAUACAAAUAAACCUAUAUUCACUGCCCUUUUCCACCACAUGCAAAACCUAGACAGGCGAGGGUGCCAUAGAUCAGCUCUCGAGAUUUGCAAGCUAAUGCUGUCACUGGACUCAGAUGAUCCAAUGGGCGCUCUCUUUUGUAUUGAUUAUUUUGCCCUUAGGGCAGAGGAAUAUGCAUGGCUAGAGCACUUUGCCGAUGAGUAUGAAAGCGAUAAUUCUCUUUGGCUGUUCCCAAAUUUUUCCUAUUCCCUUGCAAUUUGUCGCUUCUAUCUUGAGAAGGAUUCAACAAACAAAGAAAUGCAAAUACAAUCUGAGAGAUCGGCAUCAAUUGAUCUUAUGAAGCAAGCUCUGAUGCUCCAUCCUUCAGUAUUAAAAAAGUUGGUUGCCAAGGCACCUUUGAAGGAUUCAACAUGGACAAAGAUACUUGGGAAUUCUUUCUUUGGGUCCGCUAAAUCUGGAGGACCCACCCUAGAGCAUCUGAUCAAUAUAUAUGUAGAAAGAAGUUAUAUCAUGUGGAGGUUCCCAGAUCUGCAGAAACUGUUGGAACAGGCUGCUCUUUUGGCAAUUGAGUCAGUGAAAUCUAAGGACAAUGAAGCAAGGGACUGGGUAUGCAUGAGGAAAGAAGCUUUCUCAUCAGAGAAAAAUGAGUACUCGCACCUUUUGGUAUCAGAUUUCUCAGAUUCAGUCCCGGGCAUGCCACCUGAGGACUUGAGGAAUCUGAUGGUGGACCCACGUAUGCUGCAAGCUAUGCCUAAUGAAGGUCAUGGGUUGCCGCCUCCUGAGGAUCGGGCCCCAACUCGAGAAAUAUUAAACAGAGACCCAUUAAUGGUUUUCUUGGAGUCGAUGCUCCCUUGGAUUGAUUAUGGACUUCAUGAAGAUGCCCAGAAUGGCCACCCCAACCAAGACCAUGAAGAAGAGAACCCGCAAUAGUACAUAAUGGUCUCUCUCUCUCUCAUGUCCAGGGCUAGUGUGGUUUGUUUGAGGGUAAACUUUUAGGUUUGUCUCAAGGUUGAAAGAGAGUUAUGCAGUUAUAAAGGCCAUAGGCCAUUAACAACAUAAUGUUAUCGUCUUCAUAUCGCUAACCUGAAGUCCAACAUACCUGUUGUUUACACUAAGUGCUUUUUUCAUGUAAUGGCCAUUAGCUGUUACUGUUAUAAUGGUUAUUUCACAUUGUCCUAACAAUGUCUGGACUCCCAACCUUGACGUCCUGAUGCAAACCAGGUCACACGACUGGACAAAGGCCAAGGGACCAUUGUCUCCAUGAGUGUGUGCUAGCUGCCUUGUAUGAGGGACAACAUUUCAGGAACAAGCCCUUGAUCUCCCUGAUAUAAAUUAGUUGAUGUUUCUUUUUCUUCAUUCAUUUUUAGUGCUUCUUUUGCUUCAUAAAUAUCUUUCCUCGGUCUUGUCACAGUCGCAGACUAUGAAAAGCUUCUAGCUCUGCACCCUACGACUUAUAUCACUGGAGUGCAUAAUGCAGGAUAGAGAGAUGAAGCCAUUAGAAGAGUUUGCAGCUGGAGGUCAUAAGGACUCAAGUUGCUUAAAGUGAAAAUCGCUUAUGAUUAGGUCCAUUUGCAGCUGGAGGUCAUAAGGACUCAAGUUGCUUAAAGUGAAAAUCGCUUAUGAUUAGGUCCAUUUAUCUGUUUUUGUGAGCAUUUUAACUUCUAUAUAUUUUGUGAAUUUCUGGCAUUAAUUGUCGACCUCCCAUGGUCUUUUAAGCAUCUUCUCUAUUGUUUUGCCUGACUUAAAGACUUUCCGAGUUUGUAUAUAAUGAGAAGAAUGUAUUGAAAUGGGUGUCGGUGCCAUGGGGCAGUUAAAAAUCAA